UUGCACUAGUGUAGUCGGUUCAGCAAUGGAAACAAACCUCAAAUAACACGUUUUUGUACGUAAGGUUAAGUGAAGAGAGAGGAAAGUUGGAUUUUCUUGCCAUACGGAAAGAUGACAGAUACGAAAAAAGAAACUGCAUCGCCGGCAAGCACCAAUAAAUUGCCGGCAGUACCAGAAUCUGUUCUGAAAAGAAGGAAACGUCGCGAAGCGGUUAAAGCUGCUCGUUUGCAAAUAUCUAUUAAGCAACGCGCAAAUCGUUAUAAGAAAAGGAAAGAAAUUUUUAAAAGAGCAGAAAAAUAUAUAAAAGAAUAUAAACAAAAGGAAAGAGAUGAGAUAAGGUUGAUGAGACAAGCAAAAAACCAUGGAAAUUAUUACAUACCUGGUGAAGCCCGUCUGGCAUUUGUCAUCCGUAUUAGAGGUGUAAAUCAAGUUGCACCAAAGGUACGAAAAGUAUUACAAUUGUUCCGACUGAAGCAGAUUAACAAUGGCGUAUUUGUUAAAUUGAACAAAGCGACGAUCAAUAUGCUACGUAUUGUUGAGCCUUACAUCACAUGGGGAUAUCCUAAUUUGAAAUCAGUUCGUGAAUUGAUUUAUAAACGUGGAUUUGCCAAGAUAAACAGGCAACGUAUACCAAUAAUCAGUAAUGCUAUCAUUGAAAGAAAGCUCGGUCGUUCGGGCAUCAUCUGUACCGAGGAUUUAAUAUAUGAGAUAUUCACUGUUGGGCCAAAAUUAAAAUAUGCCAGCAAUUUUCUGUGGCCAUUCAAGCUUAAUACACCGAAUGGCGGAUGGCGUAAGAAGACCAAUCAUUAUGUAGAAGGCGGUGAUUUCGGAAACCGAGAAGAUAAAAUUAAUGAACUUCUCAGGAGAAUGGUGUAGACUCGUCAAGGUCCUCAUAAAAAUGUUACCAUGUCCAAAAUUAAGUUUUUAUAUGUAUUAUGUAUAUUCGUUUGCGAAUAUAUUUGUCUUUUAUCAAAUUAACAACGUGACUACUUGGUUUACGUCUAUGUUAAAAAAAUUACUUCUUUAUUUAAUAUAUAACACAUUUAUUUUCUGCACGUUACAACAAUUCUAUUUUGAUCAUAUUUCUUAUCGCAUAUUUUAUUGUCAUGCUAUAAUAAACUAACGAAAAUAAAACGGGACGAUUUUUUUAUAUCAAGUAGAUCCCCUUAUGCGGAUCCGUCAAAUUGAGAAACGUGUAUAUACGUAUUACGUUACCAUAAAUUCAUCAACAUAUUAUGCAAGCGAACAAUGUGUCUCAAAAUCGGACGAAAACUUUAAUGCGUUAUCAACGGACGGAAGUGUGCUUUUACAGCGAACAAUCGCGUCUACUUUCUACGCGCGUGUACUUGUCUUUUGGCGACACAGCGAGUAAAAAAUCAGU